AUGACUCGUCUCUCGCUCGUUGCUGCUCUCGCUGUAUGCCUCAGUGGUGCCUCUGCGUCAUUACAAGGCCAUUCUGAGCACAAACAUCGACCGGGGCAUGGAGCAGGAGCGCGAGACGAGGUCCUCCUGGCCUCUGGCUAUAAUGGCACCGUAUACAGCUUGGGCUUCACCCCUCCUUCAACGCUCAAGCAUGUCGCUGAACCGCUCAAAGUGGGCACCUCGCCCUCCUGGAUCACGUACUCACGCGCCGGAAAGCAUGCAUACGUCACUGACGAGAGCGAGCCCGGCAAAGUCUAUGUCCUUGGCGUCAAACACAACGGCGCAUUGCAUCACAUUGGGCAGAGCGAUGGCUACGAGACCGGCGGCGACGGGCCCGUGGCGAGUUGCAUAGUCAAGCAUUGCCUCUUCAUUGCCAACUACAAUUCGGGCUCGCUGGGCAUCCAAGAGAUCGCACGCAAGCAUGAGGGCUCGUUGAAAUCAAGCAAGCCGGUCAAGCAGUUUCAGUUCAAGCGCAAGGGUACAGGACCCGUCAAGGAACGCCAAGACCAUUCGUACGCUCAUGACGCCGUGGCGAGCCCAGAUGGGGGCUGGGUCUAUGUUCCCGACCUCGGUGCCGAUGUCAUUCAUCACAUUCAAGUGGGCAAGACGAGCUGCAAGCAGGCAAAGAGAAGAGGUGGGACGCGCGUUGACGCUGGCAGCGGACCCAGACAUCUGGUCUUUUACAAGGAUGGCCAGUCUGGGCAGCAGUAUGCCUACCUAUCCUCGGAGCUAGCUACGACGCUUACGGCGUUCCGGCACGAUCCCAAAACGGGUCUUCUCGAGCUGAUCGGCGGCCAACCCGUGCCUGCAUAUCCACCAGGCACUGACAGGGGUGGCUCAGAGGACGCGGGGCCGCAGCUGACAGUGGCCGAGGUGGCCGUCAGCCCCGACGGCCGGUUCGUCUACGUCAGCAACCGCGGCGACUUGCACGAGGACAACAUCUCCAUCUUUGUCCGGGAUGCUCAGACAGGCGCCGUCACUUUUCAGCAGUGGAUUCCCUCGGGAGGCAGGAACCCCCGCCAUUUCUCGCUGUCCGGCGACGGCAGCUACCUCGCCGUGGCCAACCAGCUCUCGACGAACGUCGUCAUCUUCAAAAGGGACGCACAGACAGGCUUGCUGCAAAAGACGGGCGCAGAGGUCGACGACGUGGGCGCCGUCGCCUUUGCUGGAUUCCUGCCCUGA